AUCAAAAUAUUUUAAUGACGUUGUCUCGCCUCGAUCAAUCGAUUUUUUAAACCAUCUGUUUUGAAACCUUCUAACUUUUCAAUGACUAUUAUUGUAAGAGUAGCAAGUUCUGAAAUUAUGAAUCGUCACUUCUCCAAGAAAUUCCCGUUCGUUUGAUGCCUCAUUCAUCAAAUUUCAUCGCUCCACAGAAACAGAAAAGGGAUCUGUAUUGCCGAAUUAUGUACAGUGUUGAUUUCUCAAUAUUAUUUAAUUAUUUUGAUCAUAUGCUUAUAAAUGUGAACAAUUCCAAUAAACAUAUUCCUAUAUUGAUAACAAAAUUAUUUCCAUAAAAUUUUUAAAGUUUGAAAAAGCUUGGAAAGAAAUCAGUCGAAGACGGAAAUGGCGAGACAACACAACCGCCUACCGAGUGCCAACUUCGCUCCGCUGAUACAAGAAGCGAUAAACAGAAAUAACCCAGAAAUGGGAUUGACAGAGGACGAAUUGGUGACUUAUGUCUUCUCAAGGUUAGGCUUCGACAGACGAAAUAUCCAGGAGAGAGUGGAAGAGUUCCUCAAUGCUGGUACCAGUAACGGAGCUCUGUUGAAGACGGACCACGAGAGGUACCAGUUGGUGGAGACCGGAGGCCGCAGGCUGCGCGCCGCACUCGACGCGUGCUGCACGACGCCUCCUUCGCGGCCGCGGCCGAGGCCGAUCCAUUGCUGCAGGCAGAGGUGCUGCAUGCAGCAGCGAUGCAACCUCAAGGGCAAGAACAAGAAGUGCCGCGCCACCCCGUAUCGCUACGUGGACACCUGCGAAGCCUGCGAUUCCGAUUACUGAAAUGUUCUGUGAAUGUUAUCAAAUUUAUAAUUAUUAAAUUAAUCUUGAUUGUAAAAUAAAAAUAAGAGUGAAAUGUUGUUAAACAUACUUUAAUUAUGCAAUGUGGUUUUAAAAAAUAAUACAAUUCACAAUACGG